CCUUCGCUCUUCUCUUACUUUUCCACACGCUCUCUUUAUACUUUUCACUAGUGCAUUACUUCGUAUAGUCGCCUUAGACAUUAUACUGAUCACCAUUUUAGUGUUAUCUUCUCUGAUUGUCUCCUUUCAAUACUCUACCCCCUGAAUUUAACCCCGCCAUGGCCCCUCCCAAGGUCUUUUCUCUUGAAGGCAAAGGCCUCAAGCUGGACACCGCUGAGGAUGUCGAAGCCCACAUCAAGCCUCUGUUCGAGAGCACCGACUAUACGGAAAUCCGUCUUGGUGGAAAUACUUUUGGCGUGACAGCCUGUGAGCGUUUGGGUUCUGCCUUCUCCACCCAGAAGAACCUGGAAGUCGCUGAACUUGCCGACAUCUUCACUUCACGUCUGAUCGAAGAGAUCCCGAUCGCCUUGACCCACCUUUUGCAUGCGCUCCUUGAGAUCCCGACUCUUCACACUGUCAAUCUUUCCGACAAUGCGUUCGGCAAGCGGAUGUCCAAGCCCCUCGUCGACUUCCUCUCGGCCCACGUUCCUUUGCGCCAUCUGAUUUUGAACAAUAAUGGUAUGGGCCCCGAUGCUGGUGUGGAGAUUGCUGGGGCGCUGGAGGAGCUUGCAAAGCGUAAGGAGGAAGCCCGCAAAGCAGGAAAGGAGGUUCCCCAACUGGAGAGCAUCGUCUGUGGACGGAACAGACUGGAGAACGGAAGUAUGGCGGCUUGGGCCCGUGCCUACAGAGUUCACGCUGCAGGUAUGCGCUCGGUGAAGAUGACGCAAAAUGGAAUCCGUCAGGAGGGCAUCUCCCUGUUGUUGAGGGAGGGUCUCCGCCACGCCAGCGGCCUCGAAGUUCUUGACCUGCAGGAUAACACUUUCACCGUCAUGGGCUCUACUGCUCUCUCCGAAGUGCUGCCAGGCUGGACAGCCCUGCGCGAACUUGGCGUGGGCGAUUGUUUGCUCUCUGCCCGUGGUGGUGUGAAGGUUGCGCAGGCUUUGGCUGGUGCCAAGAACGAGAAGUUGGAAACCCUUCGUCUGCAAUACAACGAGAUCUCGGCCGAGGGCGUCAAGCAGUUCUUACAUGCGACCAAGACUGCGCUGUCAUCGUUGCGUCGAAUCGAGCUGAAUGGAAACAAGUUCAUGGAGGAGGAUGACAACGUGAAUGAGCUACGUGAGAUCUUGGAGGCUCGUAAGGAGGAGCACGGCAAGGAUGACGACCCUGAGGAGAUGUGGGGCGUGGACGAGCUGGAUGAGCUCGAAGAGGAAAGUGACGAGGAGGAGGAAGAGGAAGAGGCCGAAGAGCAAGAGGAGAAGGCCGAGAAGUUCGUGAAAGACAAUGCCCAGAACGAAGAGGCAAAAGUUGCUCAGAAGAAGGAUCUGGACGUUGACGAACUUGCGGAGGCGUUUGGCAAAACUGCCCUGUAAACAUAUCUUGGCUUGGCCGAUUACUCGCCCACCUCCAUCAUUCCCCAUAUAUCGGAUGCACCGGCGGUACCUUUUUACGCGCAGGAGCUGUGGUCAUGUCCGAUGAUGUGUCUAGCGCCAGCUGGCAUACGUCAGUUAGCUACGGUCAAAAGAGUCACCCAGAAUGGGCUCCGCGAAUGUCCGUAUCAACGUGCCAGUUGAGAUCGCCCUGACAUCCGUCACCGUGACUUGCGCGCUUACAUGGAUACCACCGACGUCCUCUGCUUUAUGCUUUAUGCCCAUCGUCAUGUUCGCAUCUUGGUAUCUUCUUCACUUUUGUUCAGGGACAUUAGAAUAGACACAGCCAUUGGCCUGUUCCAACCAUACGACUUAACUUUUUCUAAACCCGAGUGAUGUAUAUAAUGGACUAAAAAUGAGAAUGGAAUCCACCGGCACAGAGAGAUAGAGAGAGGAAGAGAGUUCGUAGGAGGAAUCAAAUGGUCAUCUGUCAUACUUCUUAAUCGGUGAACAGGAGCCAUUCCGAAACAGGCAAUUCGGGCUUGGCGUGGAGUAUUGGGAAUCGCGCGGAUCGCAGCCUUCAUAAAUUACUUCCGACUUCCACCUCU